UCUGCCAUACCAUUCGGGAAUGACAGCGACAUCUGCGCUCACUUCAAGGAGCAUGGCUUCGUGGUGGUGUCUGAGGUGUUCAGCGAUAGCGAAGUACAAGGUUCCAUUGAGGAGCUGUGGACCAGCCCGCAGCUACUUGCGCGAAGCCCCGACAUCCGGCGAGAGGAUCCGGCAAGCUGGUCGGAGAGCUUCGGGUGGCCACAGCAGAAUGGUGGCAAGAACUUCCUGGAGUCUUUGAACCCCUUCCAGGAUCGAUGCUGCUGGGAGCUGGCGGAGAAUCCGAAAGUGGCGCACGUCAUGAACUUGCUUUGGACUUCCGCUGACUGCUCGAAGAGCACCUCUGUCUUCCUGGGCCGAACACCGCGCUGGGGUGUGAUGAGGCCAACCGCUGAGCGGCCUGAGUGGCGGACCCUAGAGAAUUGGCUGCACUGGGACCAAAAUCCGUGGACGCAACCAGGCUUUGGUUGGAUCCAGGCCUUUGCCUGCCUCACGGAGCAGACCGCCGAAAGUGGUGGCCUUCUCUGCGCUCCGGGCUUCCACAAGCGGUGGAAGGAAUGGGGCGAGCAGCAUCCGGAAGGUAGUGUCUAUGUCGACGGCAAGGAGAUCACACGCGCAUUUGGCCAGGGCAAUCCUUUCCCGGUGCCAUCUGAUGAUCCCGUUCAUGCCGAAGUGGUUCGUGUCUGUGCCCCCGCUGGCUCGCUGCUCCUGUGGGACAGCCGGCUUCCGCAUCAGAACUUCCCCAACUCCAGCAAAGAGGCCUGGCGAAUCGUCUUGUACAUGAACUUUUGGCCCCUGCGGGAGGGGCACUGGGAAGCCUGGGAGGAGCGGGCCGAGGUCUUGCGGCAGCGGCUCGUG